ACUUGCUGCAGUGGUUCUCGUGACUUCAGCAUGGAGGGCAGAUGCUUCCUUGCCAGAAGCAGCAACUAUCCAUUGACUUGGACUUCACGCGCCAGCAUCUUCGGGGAACCACAAUCUUUCAGCUUGACUUCACUGGCUUCAAGACACCUGGUGUCUCGGUGAAGAUCCAGCUGCCUCCAAAUGCCGCAGCCUGGAGGGUGGCAGCACGUGGAUUUUGGCCAUCUGAGAAUCAGCAUUCGCCCUGGAUUCAGAUCCCAAGCGACACAAAGGCAGCAGGUGGCAAGUUGCAGGUGCACCAAGUGGCUGAUGUCGUAGUCCUAGAUGCGGAGGUCAUCGAUGCUUUGCAUCAGAUGGUGGUCAAAGACAAACCUGACCACGAUGGUAUGAGCGUCAAUCUCUUUAUCGAGUUGGCUGUAGAGUGGCAGAUGUCAGGUGAAUGGCUUCAGAUUCAGAGUUCCCCACAUCACUUCAUCGAGCUGCCAGUGCAUCCCCGUGAUGCGGGUGGCUUAAGCGAUGGCAUCGGUGGCCAUCAGUGCUUCGAAACCUCCGUGGACAUGGACUUUUUUCUGGCAGGAUAUUUGCCUCGAAGUCCCUGCUGGUUUCCGAUUCUCAAAGACGAAUCCGAGCUUCAACGUACCCGUUUCGAGAUUGACGUGUCGGUGCCGUUGGGCUUCUCCGUGUGCACCGCAGGGCAACUGGUCCAGCGGCAGAGUGGCCCUGGCCGCCCGUCCCAGUGGAGGUUCGUGGAAAGUUGUCCAUUGACUCCUUGUGAUGUGCCACUCAUCGUGGGACCCUUGGACGAAGCUGAAGAGAAAGGCACCAGAGUUAUGGCGCCCUGUGGUUUCCCUUUGGAUGAAGAGUUGAUGGAAUUACAACGAGAAAAGCUAAGCCUUGUCAAGACGCUUGACUAUCCCUGGCCACUUCUGGGCUGCACUGCACUUUUUCUGCCAUUGCCACAUCUUCGUCCGCCUUCUUUACCCAAAACAAUCCGCUCCGAAAAAGUCAAUGACAACACUCGGAUACAUGCUUCUAGCCUCCCCUGCUACAGCAUCCAUGGCAGUGUCUACAUUUUUGACCUCUCCCUGCUGGGGAGUGUUUGUCCAAGCUUGAGGACGGUCGUUCGGCCAGUUAGAUCAUAUGCAUUGGCAUCGGCUUGGUUUGGUGUUCUGCUUCAUGCAGCUCCAAAAGACGCGUGGAUCCUGCACGGGCUGCGUCGAUUUCUGGCUGAUAGCUCUUUGCUGCAGAGCUGGCCCAGUGGAGUGGCACAUGCUGAAGUCUCUGCACGACUCUAUGAAGAAAGUCAACUGUGGCAUGCUCUGGUGGAGGGUGGUCAAGAUCUACAGAUCCUUUGCGACGAAGCCAACAUAUCAUCGACAGGCCCUGCAGAAAUCUUGGGCGCCGUGCGAGAAGUGAAGUCAUAUUUGGUCUGUCACCAGCUUUCUCGGAUCUUGGGAUGGAAAGCCUUUCACCAACAAUUGAUAGUUGUGCUGCAAGCCUUUUCCAAUCGUUCGAUGAGCACAUCAGAGUUUCUGGAGAAGAUGAAUGAAAUGGAAGCAGUGGAAGCAGAUGGCAGGGACUUGAAGGCGGAGUUAAGCGAUUUCUCCAAGCAAUGGAUCUAUGGCCUUGGCUGUCCAGAAGUGCAUGUUGGUUGGUUUUACAACCGAUCUCUCCAUCGUUUGGAAUUUGUGGCCUCCCAGACACCGCUGGAACCAUUGGCAUUGGGCGAUGCCUCCCAGUCACCUGCCAUCAGUGUGCCGCGCAUCACCAAGAAAGGCAUAGGUUUUGGCUAUUCGGGCUUUGGAGAAGUCACGUCAGAGCUCCUCGGGGCGGAAGCUCGUUUGGCGGCGCGUGCCGCCGUGGAUGGGGACGGCGAUGCGCAGGUGGAGGAGGUGCCAAGAAAGUACUGGCGCGGAAAUGUGGUGAUCAAUAUCCAUGUGACUGAUGGGACCCCUGCGCAAGUUGAGCUGGAACUUCGGGGUACCGAGCCAGUCUAUGCCACUUGGCUGUUUCCAUCUGAUGUACAACGUGGCAACGAAGAGGAGCUCCCGCAGGGGCUGGCCUUUUUGCAUUUGAGCUCCAAUCAAUGGCCACUGGCGAAGCUGGAAUUGGCACAGCCACCGGAGUUUUGGCAAGGUGUCUUGGAGAAAUGUGCCGAUCCUUCCGCAGAAGCAGAGUCUGCCAAGGUCUUGGGAGACUUGGCCGUUGCAGGGAAGCUCAGCAACAUUAUGCUCCAUCGAUUACCACAGGCUUUGUCAUUGCCUUUGAAAGAACCUGGAUGGCAUGAGAUCACAUGUGCCAGCUGUGCCUUGGCCUUGUGCAACUGGGCUGCCCAGCUGAAGAAGGGUGAUGGCCUACGCAGCUCCUUGAUGAGGCCGGUGCAUCAUUUCCUGCUAGAAAGCGAAUGGAAGAGUGACACAGGUCUGGCCCGAGCAAGGAUGCUGGUUGCCAGGUGCCUGAGUGUAGCACCCAAAUCCUUGGAACUGUGGCAGAAUUUUCUGCCCAAAUGUCGCAGCUUGCAGCUCCACCAGAGCAGGGAGGAUCCCUUGACCUUGGCCGCCCUGGAGCUCCUUGGCCACUCACCGCGGUCGGGCUCCGCACAGGUCAUGGAGGCCUUGCUGUUGCGGCUUCGCCUCGAGGAGGUGCUCCCGUCUGAGCAUCAGCGCCUCGCUGCCACGGCACUCGGCACUUUGGGCUUGCUGCGGUUGCGGCUCCAAGCACAGGAUGAUCCUUCACCAGACAGUUUCCUGGAAGCUGUACCUGCUGGUGGAACACCGAGUUCUGUGCACAAAGCCUGGGCUAAGACCCAUGCGAUGGGAUCAGCACCGAGUAGCCUGGAGGACAAAAGUAAGUCUCAAAGAGGACUCAAGGUCAGUGAAAAGGGAUACAAGUGGAACAGAGCUGUGCGCUGCGAAGCCUGUGCAGGAUCUUAUAGAGGUCGUUUGGACGGCAGAGCAUUCGCAGCUUUAUCAGCUGCUCUCAACGGGGAGGACCUUGCAGGCCAGUCUGGCGAGAUUCUUCAAGAAGCUGUAUGGACCGCUGAGGCCGUGAUCCGUCUGCCUGGGGGAGGUUUCAGAGCUGCCAAGAAGAAGUGGGACGAGUUGGGGCUUCGACUCAUGACCCAGGAUUCACCACAAACUUGGCCUGCGUUGACCGCAGUGCUACAGUCAUUGAGGACGUGGAAAUCAGGCGAAUCAAAACGGACAGCUUGCAAGUCGCAGGUCAUGGCAGAGGCUGGUGAAAUGGUCCUUUGGAAGACGCCAGGACUUUAUGCCAAGACCCCCUGUGAACCGCAACCGCUGCGUUCUGCUUUAGCUGCAGCCCUAUCGCACCAUCAAGCCAAAAAGGAGAAAGUUCUGAAGCUGAAACUCAGGAAGACUUUGCCAAAAGUGCCCUGACGAGUCGGACGAGGGAAGUUGCAUUGUCGACGAUUCGACAACGUGAGGAGCGAGGAACUUGAUGGUGACAUAUGGUGACCAUGACCGAGUUCUUGCAGAGUUCCAGACGAGAAGGUCUGACUUCGAUCGCUUCGAUGUUCUGAGUGCACUGCACUGAAGGAUCUUUGGAGAAGCCAUGAAGGCCCCUCCAAUGAGUUGGAUCGACGAGAUCUUCCUGACUGCAUGGACGCGAAAGAGGGUUGCCAUCCGCCAACAGAACCAAUGUGCAUUGAUUGGCUGUUUGAACCAAUGUGAGCUCAAAAAGAGUUUUCAGAAUUGGGUGAAAAAG